UUCCAUUCUGUUGAAAAAGAUCUAUAAGAAGCUCAUUUUCCUAACUCUAUUCCCCACUGGUUCUACUAAUACUAUUAAAAAGAGAGAGAGAGAGAGGUCCCCUCUACAAUGGAAGAAACUUUCAAUAUAGAGUGUGAAAAUCAUAGCACUUCUUCCUCUUCCACCAACGCCACCGCUUCCUCCUCCACCACCGCCACGGCUUGCUCCUCCGGCUCCAAGAGAGUUCAAGAAGCCGAAAAUGACAUUGACACAAGCAAAAUGGCUAAGAAUAGUUAUAAUUAUAGGAAGCAUCCGGCUUAUCGCGGCGUAGGCAAGCGGAGUUGGGGCAAAUGGGUGUCCGAAAUCCGGGAGCCGAAGAAGAAAUCAAGAAUAUGGCUCGGGACUUUCGCCACGCCGGAAAUGGCGGCUCGGGCCCACGAUGUAGCCGCCAUUGCAAUCAAAGGCCACUCGGCUUAUCUCAACUUCCCGGAGCUAGCUCAUGAUCUGCCCCGGCCGGCUUCCAAUUCACCGAAGGAUAUCCAAGCGGCUGCGGCCAAAGCAGCCGCCCUAGAGGCUGGUCGUCGUCCGAGAAGCCUUGAAGCCGAAGCCGAGCUGAACCAGAGCCUGAGCCAGCUGAUGACUCCCCUGUCCCAACAAGAUGUUACAGAGACAUUUCAUGACACUAGAGAGUCAUCAACAUCAGCUCUAAGAGAGAUUGAUGAUCCAUUUCUUGAAUUGCCUGAUCUCUAUCUCGACCAGCUUUGUCAUCAAAUUGAAGGGUUUCAUUGCAGCUUGCCGGUGCAGCUGACCGGAGCCGAGUUUUCCGAUGGUGAAUUCUGCUCUGAAGAGCCUUUCUUUUGGGAUUGCUGCUAGAGAGAUGCAAUCCAUUUGGUUCCAAAUGUUGCAACCUUUAUCAAAGCCUAAUUCAAGAAGCUAGCUUAUCAGGUUUGGUAAUAAGCUACCCUUUGAAUAUGUAAAUUGAUGCUUGAGUUUGGAUUUGGAUUUACCUCUUCAUUUCCCUUUCAUGUCGUAUAUAUAACAAGUACUCCGUAUAAUGUAAAUAUAAUUUCUUUCUUUCUUUUUUUAUUUUUUUAUUUUUGAUGUGGCGAUGUAACUGAAAAAUUCCCAUGUACAAAAGUGUGAAUUUAUAGACUUUUUAUA